AUGAUCCCUCUCUUCUUGCUGCUCUUCCUCCUCCCCUUGGUGAGAACCACCGAGCGACCUGAGGGCUGGGGUGACGAGCAGAGCUUGGAUGUGGCCCUGACCAUGCCCAAUGUCUCGCACUUCGCCUGGAAUAACUACACCUUCUCCGACUGGCAGAACUUUGUGGGCAGGAGGCGCUAUGGGGCCGAGUCUCAGAACCCCACGGUGAAAGCUCUGCUUGUCGUAGCUUACUCCUUCAUCAUCAUCUUCUCGCUCUUUGGCAAUGUCCUGGUUUGUCAUGUCAUCUUCAAGAACCAGCGGAUGCACUCAGCCACCAGCCUCUUCAUUGUUAAUCUGGCUGUCGCAGACAUAAUGAUCACACUGCUCAACACCCCUUUCACUUUGGUCCGCUUUGUGAAUAGUACAUGGGUGUUUGGGAAGGGCAUGUGUCAUGUCAGCCGCUUUGCCCAGUACUGCUCCCUGCAUGUCUCAGCAUUGACACUGACAGCCAUUGCUGUGGACCGCCACCAGGUCAUUAUGCAUCCAUUAAAACCCCGGAUCUCCAUCACAAAAGGUGUCAUCUACAUUGCUGUGAUCUGGAUUAUGGCUACAUUUUUUUCACUCCCACAUGCUAUCUGCCAAAAAUUGUUUACCUUCAAGUACAGUGAGAACAUUGUGCGUUCUUUAUGCCUGCCAGACUUCCCUGAGCCAGCUGACCUCUUUUGGAAGUACCUGGACCUGGCCACCUUCAUCCUGCUUUAUAUCCUCCCCCUCUUCAUCAUUUCUGUGGCCUAUACCCGUGUGGCCAAGAAGCUGUGGUUAUGCAACACAAUUGGUGAUGUGACCACAGAGCAGUACCUUGCCCUAAGACGCAAGAAGAAGAAGACCAUCAAGAUGCUGAUGCUUGUGGUGGUUCUCUUUGCCCUCUGCUGGUUCCCCCUCAACUGCUAUGUCCUCCUUCUGUCCAGCAAGGUCAUUCACACUAAUAAUGCUGUCUACUUUGUCUUCCACUGGUUUGCCAUGAGUAGCACCUGCUACAACCCCUUCAUUUAUUGCUGGCUAAAUGAGAACUUCAGGGUUGAACUAAAGGCAUUACUGAACAUGUGCCAAAGGCUGCCCAAGCGUCAGGAAGAGAGGCUGCCCUCCCCAGUCCUUUCCCUCAGGGUGGCUUGGACAGAGAAGAGCAAUGGUCGGAGAACUCUGCUAGCCAAUAACCUCUUGCCCUCCUCCCAGCUCCAGUCUGGGAAGACAGACUUGUCAUCUGUGGAACCAUUAUGGCAAUGAAUUAGGGGAGGUUGGGAAGAGGCAAAGGGACAGAUCUUUC